AUAAAAUAAAUAUUUCAAUUGAAAUGGAUGACUUAGCGAUGCGAUGAUGCAUCUGUUGGUCCGAUCUAAACGGGAUUCGGAAAUGCAGAUCGCAAGCUAAAUUGGCAACCAAAACAACAGUUCCGUUUUCCAGUUUGCACGAUAAGUAAAUCCAGCUGACCCAAUUGUUUCGACCUCACCAAUUAAAAAGUGUAAGGUAAAUGAUGAGGUGGCGGGCGGUUGUUUGUUCGGCGGGCGGGAGUGACGUCGGCUGCUGGGAGUUGGGACUCAGGAAGCCGGGAGCGCUGGACCGCCGUUAUUGCGCCUGGCGCGCCAAUUGAAGCGCGUGUCCGCUACUCGCGCCCAAUCCAGCAUGCACGCUCCGCGAUAUUUCGGACGUCGAAUUUGAGUGCAUUACAUCCUCCGACAAACGACAGUGCAAAAAUGAAAUGUUUCCUUUGUUUCGUGUUGAUCGUGCUCCUCGGGAACUCGAGUGCGAAUCACGACGUUGAAAUGAUGGAAGCAGUUGUGGGACAUACUGCAGAGCUUCCCUGCAACGUCACCUCUGAAAUAGAAGGUGACAAACUGAACAUCAUCGCCUGGUACAAAAAUGGAUCAUCUACAGCAUUUUACAGCAGUCGCGACUUCCGCAAUCAGAACGGCAAGGCUGGCUCGGCUCCUGACCGUUACCGUAUGCUGCGCUCGGGCACUGAAGACACUGACGUGCUUCAGAUCGCCUCCGUGCGGCCCGCCGAUGCCGGCGUCUACAUCUGCCACGUCGACUUCGACUCGAGCCCCUCGCACAAGACUUACGUGCAAGUCACUGUCAUUGAUCCCCCGCAGCGGUUGUACGUGAUCCACGAGAACGGCACGCGGCUGGCCGCCGCCGGCGCCGGCUCCAACGCCAGCCGCAGCAUCGGCCCCUACUACGUCGGAGACACCGUCCAUUUGUUCUGCGUCUCGUUUGGUGGCAAGCCGCAGCCGUCGCUAUCGUGGCGCGCGGGCCGGCGGCUGCUGAAGGAGUCGUGGACGCAGCUGUCGGAGCAGCGCGUGCGCAGCGACGUGCUGUACGGGCCGCUGGAGCGCGAGGACCACGGCCUGCCGCUCACCUGCGCCGCCGCCAACAACAACCGCAGCCAGCCGCUGGCCAUCGACCUCAUUGUAGACAUGCACUUGUCUCCGCUGCUGAUAUCGGUGCGCAGCGCGUCGAACCGCAACAGCGCGGGGCGCGCGCGCGCAGGCGAGCCGCUGGGCGUGCAGUGCCGCGUGCUGGGCGCGCGCCCGGCGCCCGACGUCGACGAGGUGCAGCUGUCGCUGGGCCCGGAGCACGACGAGGCGCGGCUGACGUGCUGCGUGCCGCUGUACACGCGCGCCGCAGAAGACCAAGCCCUCUGCGCCGCCCCUUUCCCUAUCACUGUGCGGUACAAACCCAUUGUGCAAAUCGUUGUGCCAAACGAUUUGAAAAAUACCACGAUGGCAGUCGUGAAGGGAACAGACGUAGUGAUGAACUGCUCCUACGACGCCAACCCAGACCCGCACGUUCUAGUAUGGUACUUUCAGGAUGACGUCCUAGUCAAGUACCAUGACGGUGAUAUAACGCCCACCCUGACGUUAUCGAAAGUGAGCGACGAGCAGGCGGGCGAGUACGGUUGCGAAGUGGGCAACGCGGAGGGCACCACGUAUUCUGGAGAAAACGUUGUCAUUGACGUCAUUUAUCCAGCAUAUUGCGAAGAGACAGAUAUUAUAGAAUUUGGUUUAGGGGAAGACGAAUUUUUAAACAUAACAUGCAAUGUCAAAGGCAACCCUCCGCCGACUCAGUACCGGUGGGUCCUGGUGAACGACUCCGUGACGGUGAACACCAUCAGAAACACUUCGCAGACUACUGUGGAAACAGAGGAACCUACGUUACUCUAUCAAAGACCGAGUGGCACGCCGUUUACUACGGUGUUCUGUUGGGGUCUCAAUGGGGUACCAAGCAGCGGGCUGCCUCACACUCCGUGUAUUUCUCUGAUAACCGACGAAACGCCGCCGCGAUCGCCGACCGACUGCAUCGCGACGCGAGUCGAGUCGAAGGACAUAACGAUCACAUGCGAAAAAGGCUACAAUGGUGGUUUACCACAGCACUUUAAAUUUGUUGUAAAACCGAUAGAUGACGAAAACCACCAAGAAGAAAUCCUAUCGAUAACUAAAAUGGAACCCAAUUUUUUAAUACAAGAACCAAGCGAAGAGAAAUAUAAAUUCGUUAUUUUAGCCAUAAACGACAAAGGAGAGAGCAGUGAAGUAGAAAUUGCGAUGGAGGAUAUCAUUGAUGAAAACCCGGAAGUAUUGCCAAAGAGCGCCAUCGCGAAUAUCACGACGCUGGCGUUGGCGCUGUGCGGGGGCGUGGCGCUGGUGGCGCUGGCGGCGUGCGGGCUCGUGCUGUGCGCGCACGAGCGCGGCUCGCGCGACCUGCCGCGCGCCGUCUCCGAGCCGCCGCUGUGCGCGUACAACACGGAAGAAUCCAACUGCGACACGUUCCACGGUAGCGACGACGGCAGCGAAUGCAACGUGCGCCGAACCGAGUCGUUUCGGCGAGCAGUGUCGCGGUACCCUUCGAGAAACUUCGACGUGCGAAGAACUAGCUCGUUCCACUCCGCGCGGUACAUGAACGACAUGGCCGAGCAGGAGCCCACCAAGUGCAGCGACGCGCUGCGACACAGCGCCAGCUGUAGGGUACACUCCCUUCAAAACAUCAAUAAGAAAAGGGACAUGGACAUGCAAUGCGAUCAUCUCGUUAUGCAUUUACCGACCGAAGUUAAUUACAACGUGCCCAGACCUAUGAACACGUUCUACACAAUGCCAAGAAAGAUGCGACAAAAGUUGGCGAAAGAGCUCAGCGACGAAGCAUCCGAAAUAACACAAACGUCAGACGGCUUCUCGCUUCCGCCGCCACCGGACGAAUACGGGACGUAUCGAGCCGGCACUCGAAUAAAGGACAUGCCCACAAAGUCAACGCCGACUUACAGCACAGUAGUGAAGAAAAGUUCGGGGAAAGAACCAAAGAAUUAUAAUAAUGUGAUAAUAUCUCCUAUGAAUACGGUGGGCUUGCCGACCGUGAGCGCACACGCCGGCGCCUACAGCUACCCCGACGACGAACAACGGCCGCACCAGGUAAAUACUAACCCUUUUGACGAAGACUCAUCGUAACCGUUCUCAUCGUUACUAAUAUCAUUAACUCAUCUCCUCCACAGAACACGACUGGCAUAUUAACAACUUUCCAAGGCCAUAUUAGUGGUAAAGAGUCUGGACUAUAAUUUAAUUUAAGCUAAGACACUCGGGUCAUAUUGUUAUUUUUAUGUAU